AUGUUUUUCUUAUAUUUAUUAAUCAUUUACAACAGAGCAAUUUAUACUCAGGUGUGCUACGCCAAAGGAACAAAAUGGUAUGAUGGAUUUACUGAUGUUGAUAACGCUAACAUUAACAACACACUUUGUUAUUCAAACACUAAUUAUCAUAAUUACUUUUUUAAACAAGACAUGUAUUUCCCUUUUAAUCAACAAGCUUAUUUUAGCGCAUUUGAGUUUAACAAUUCGUUGACACUAAACUCUAUAUAUAAAACAAAUGUGGCUUAUUUGAACAUUGAGUAUUUUAAAGUCCGAGAUGGGGCCACUGUGACAACAUCAUCUUUUAUUCAUUCAAACAACACAUUAUUUAUAUACAAUGGAACUUUAAUAAUAAAUUCAAACUUUUCUAUUGCAAACACAUUCGCAGAAAAAGGAGCUGAUAUUGACAAUCCAAGAGUUUUGUUAUGGAAAUCGUCGUAUCUUCACUUGCAUUACAAUUUUAUUUAUAACAAAAAUUUUUAUAUUACUAAUCCAGAUGGUAAAACGACAUGUUUUGAUGUUAUUUCAUUGAACUCCCCAAAUAUUUUGAUAUCAACAUUUGGUCGGGGUAAUUACAAUUCUUCACAUUUUCCUUUCAAAUUUAGUUCUGGUACUGGUUAUCUUAUUUCCAAUCAAAGACUGAUCAGGUUCUGCCCAACUGGAAAAACAAACAAUAAUGUUACAUGUACAAUGAAGUCUUCUAAAUAUCAAAAGUACUUUAAUGUUAAUAAUGAUAUAGAAGACUACCCAUUUGACUAUCCCCAUUGUCCUUGUGAUGAUAAUGUCACUAUAUGUUAUUUAAACUUUUUAACCACAUUAUCUAAGAUUGAUUUACAAAACAAUUCUAUUGAAUAUGCAAACGUUUUAAUAAUGUCAAUGGUGACAAUACAAUCAUAUGGAACAUUAACAUUUGUGGAAUCCACACAGAACAUCGACUCCACUUUAGUUUAUCUGAUAUAUAGCUCGACUUCUAAAACGUUGUUUUGUAACGGAAAUAUGGAAUAUUCACUUAAUAUCACAAAUUCUGAAAAGGUGCUCCAAUUGAGUUGUGGUAAGAAAUUAUCAACUCUAACAGUACCGACAAAUCGAUUGUUAUUUUUAUCAGAUACAAUAAGAACUGUUGAUUCAUUUAUUUUUACAUCAUAUAUUGAAUACUCUUACUUUCAUACUAAUACUGUAUUGAACUCACCUCAAUUAAAUAUUAAAGGAUGUACACUUUAUAAAAUCAGUUUAACUUUGAAAAAAUGUUUGUUGUGUGAAGAUAAAAGAAAAUCAUUUAACAAUGUUUGUCAAAUAAACAAUUGUGUUGAAUAUAAUGACAAUGGACGAUGUGUUUUUUGUGCCAAAUUUUCUGUAUUGAAUGAAAGUAGAAUGUGUGGAACUUCUACUUCUUGUGAAUAUGGGUAUAAUAACAAUUGUUUUAAAUGUUCAAAGGAGUAUAUUUUAAAGAAUGGAAUUUGUGCUCAAAAACAAUCAAAUUGUCAAAUCACGGAUGGUAAUUUUUGUAGAAAAUGUACUUCUGGUGUUUUAUAUGGUGUGUGUGAUGUUUGUUCAUCCCAUUGUAUUCACUGUGAUGGAACUUUAGAAAACAAGUGUAUAAUAUGUGACACAAAUACAAUAUUGGUCAAUGGGACUUGUAUUAAUACAGAAGAAGGUACAACAAAUAACGAAGAAUCGAUGUCAUGUGAUAAUGGUUUAUAUAUAGAUAAUGGUAUUUGUUACAAUUGUACAGAUAAUGUCAAUCAAUUUAUAACGUGUGACAAAAUGAAAGUGACACAAUGUGAAGCAAAUUAUUAUAUCAAUGCAAAUGAAAAUAAGUGUAUUACUAAUCAAUGCAAUGAGGAUGAAAUGAAAGAAGAAAAUAAUUUGUGUUCAUUAAAAAUACCAAAUUGUAAAUAUUCUUUAAAUUCUCGAUGUAUAGAAUGUGUAGAUUAUUGUUAUUUGGAUCCGACCAAUAAUUGCGUACCUUUAAAUGACAUCAAUUUUACUUCAAAUUGUGAAACAAUAAACCACUUUGGAUGUGUGAGAUGUGUAGAUGGGUAUUAUUUAGAGUCAAAUAAGACAUGUGCGAAGUGUAACACUUCUUUGUGUCAAACUUGUUAUUCUUCUUCAUAUUGUUUGACAUGCGCUGAAAACAAAUUUCUCUCAAAACACGAAUGCAAAUCAAAUGAAAAUUUAAUUGGAAAAUGUAACAAAUUUGUUACAAGUGGAGGGUGUAGUGUAUGUUCAGAUGGAUAUUACAAAAAUGGGUUGGACUGCUUUAAUUGUUACAUCUCGUGUUCUUCUUGUAUUUCUUUACCAACAAAAUGUCUCAAGUGCAAUUCAACAAACUUUAAAACGACUUCGGGAAAUUGUCUACCCCGUUCACUUUUAUCAAAAAGUUGUGAUGUUGAAGUGACAGAAAGCGGGUGUUCAAAGUGUAAAGAUGGGUAUUACCAAAUCGACUCAAAUCAAUGUCAAAAAUGUGACGAUAAUUGUAACACUUGUAACACUUUAAAUGUGUGUCUGACAUGUUUCUCUGACAAAAUAUUGAUUAACUCUGUUUGUUCUAAUUUCACUUCUAUUCAAAACUGUCAAGCAGUUUCCAAUUCAAAAUGCUCAAAAUGCACUUUUUGGAACACUCCAAGUCAGAAUGGCACUUCUUGUGUUAAGAAAGCAGUAUGGUGGGUUAUUCUUAUUAUCAUUUUGUUCAUUAUUCUAAACAUUAUUAUUGUUUAUUUGAAGUAUUCAAAAGAACAGCAAACGAGAUAUGAUAUUAGUAUAUUUUCUAUGAAAAAUUCGAAUAUUUCUUUUUUGAAAACUACAAACAAAAACAUCAUGUUAAAUAAGACUGAAAUUGCAUUUGAAAAUGAAAAUGACACACAAAAAGAAAUUCCAGUGGCUGUUGAAAGUCGUGAAUUGAUAUGUGUUGGCAAUGUUAGUAAAAACACAUUAAAAGUGCAAUUUUCUCUCAAAAAUUCAACUGAUAAAUACUCAAUACGAGUCGAACCACAAAUUGUUAUAAUCAAGAAAGGUGCAGCGGUUGAAUUUGAAAUUUAUUUGCACCCAAAUUAUUCAUGUAGAAUUGAUGACAAAAUAGUGUUAAUAUCAGUAGAUAUGAAGAAAGGUGUAACAUCUGAAAUGCCAAUUAAUAUAAAAGCAGUAACACAAAUUUCAACUCGUUUAGAUCCCGAAGAAUUAAAAGAAGAGAAAAAGAUUGGCGAAGGAUCUUUUGGAAUUGUUUUCAAAGGAAUUUUCAGAGGAAACAUUGUGGCAAUCAAAAAAUUAAAAUUUACUUCAAAUGAUAUAAAGUCACUUGAGGAGUUUGAAAAAGAAGUUUCUAUGUUAGACAAAUUUAGGAGUGAUUAUAUCAUCCACUUUUAUAGUGCCGUAUUUAUUCCAAAUAAGGUGUGUAUGGUCACCGAAUUCGCUCAAUUUGGAAGUAUUGCAGAUUUGAUGAAAAAUAAAAAAUCUGACGAAAUUGAUAUGAAAAUACGAGUUAAAAUGAUGUUAGAUGCUUCAAGAGGAAUUAUGUAUUUACAUAACAAUGGGAUUUUGCACAGAGAUAUUAAACCAGAUAAUAUUUUAGUAUUCUCAUUGGAUUUAAAUGAUAAAGUGAAUGCUAAAUUGACUGAUUUUGGAAGUAGUAGAAACAUCAACUUGUUGAUGACUAACAUGACGUUCACUAAGGGUAUUGGAACUCCAGUCUAUAUGGCGCCUGAAGUGUUAAAACAAGACAAAUACAAAAAGAGUGCUGAUAUAUACUCACUUGCUAUAACUAUGUAUGAAGUAUUUUGUUGGAGAGAAGCUUACAAUAAAACUGAAUUCAAGUUUCCAUGGAAAAUAGUUGAGUUUGUUAUAAGUGGGAAAAGGCUCCAAAAUCUAGAAACGAUUCCAAAUGAAUGUUUUGAUAUUAUCAAUAAUUGUUGGUGCCAAAAUUCAACAGAAAGAUUGUCAAUUGCAAUCAUUUCUGAAAAACUAGUACAUUUAUUAACAAACACAAUUAAUUAA